AUUGAGAAAUCUGUGAUCAGAAAUGUCAACAGAGAGAGAGAGGCACGCUUCGUUGCCCUCGACGUCUCCCGAGGACAACGCACUGUUUCUGGAUAUAAUGCAUGAGGCUCCAUUGUUCGGUCACCGGAAGUCGAGAAGCCUUUUCGGAAGUGUUUUUUACUUGAUUAUACUCGUAGGCUAUGCUUCUCUGGCUGUCGCAGCUCCAUGGAUUUUUCAUCCCAUACGCGAUUUAAUCCCACAAUUGCUUUGUAGUUGCAACGUCCUUCUUCUGAUAGUCACAGGCAUCUUUCAGCAGUAUCUGGUAUACCAAGUUCAGAAAAUACGCUUACAGGGGUAUUAUAGUUUCAGCCAGAAGUUGAAGCAUAUUGUUCGCCUACCUUUUGCAGCUACUUCAUAUGGAACUGCUGCAAUGUUACUUGUCAUGGUCUGGAGACCCCACAUCAGUUUCCUUACUCUGCCCGCAAUUUUGAGGACUGUUAUGGUAAUUGAAGCAAUAUGUGCCGGAUCUUUUAUGAGUAUCUAUAUUGGUUAUGUUCACCAGUACAACUCAUUAAAUUCCCAGCCUGAUGUCUUAAAGUCAUUAUAUUCUCCUCUUCAACCCUCAAGUUCUUUGGAAGGUUUGAGGUAUCAUGAUGCUGGUCGACUCUCUGAUCAGCAGAUGGCUUUGUUGCAAUAUCAGCGUGAAAACCUUCAUUUUUUGAGUGAAGAGAUCCUUCGAUUGCAAGAGUGCUUAAGUAACUAUGAACGGACUAAUGAUGGAAGCACACCUCAGGUUGACCUUGCCCAUCUAUUGGCAGCUCGUGAUCAGGAACUACGGACAGUUUCUGCUGAGAUGAAUCAAUUGCAGUCUGAGUUAAGGCUUGCUCGGUCGUUGAUAGCUGAGAGGGAUUCUGAAAUCCAGAAAGUUCGGACGACCAACAAUCAGUACGUAGAGGAGAAUGAAAGACUGAGAGCCAUUUUAGGAGAAUGGAGUACCCGAGCAGCAAAGCUUGAACGAGCAUUGGAGACUGAGCGGAUGUCCAAUCUUGAAUUACAAAAGAAGAUUCCAACGCUCAGAAGUCAAUCACAAUCCUCAUCUGAACCAAGCAAGUAGCUUGGUGCUUCAUCACUUUUUCUAGACGUGCAUAUUUGUAAUUCUCUCCCUUUCAUUUACUUUAGUUUGGGGGAGAGAAUUUGGGAGGGAAAACGGACACGAAGCAUUACACUUGUACAUAACAAUUGUGAAUAAAUCUAUCAAAACAAAGCCCUAACUCUUUUUCAAAAUCCAGCAUGUUAUGCGGAAGGAUUAGAUUACAACUUUUCCAUUGUACAAGACAUAAGGGAACAAUUUGUGGA